CAAAGACCUGCGAUGGAGACCGGCGCCGUUUCUCUUUCCCAAAGGCAGACAGAAGGCUCGCUGGACCAGGAAAAAACCGGAGCUGCCCUCUUGUUCUCUGGAGUCUUCCUGUCCAUGGUGGGGGUCACCUUCACGGUGAUGGGCUGGCACCGCUUCCAAACCAGCUCCAGCUUUCAGUGGACCCAACUCCUGGGCCCGAUCCUGAUCUCAGUUGGAGGGACCUUCAUGGUUACCAGCAUCUGCAAGUUUAGGUUGAUCUCCUGCUGGUACUGCAAGGAGCAAGAGGAGGAGGUCUUUGUGGUUCCUAUAAGGGAACCCGCAUCCAGAGGACAUCCCGUUGUGGUCCACAGCAUCAAUCAGCCGGUCAUGGUGCAGGGCGCCGCGGCAAUGCUGUGUAUUCCACCUGCGUACAACUUCAUAACCCAAGAAGUCCUUCAGGAGAAUGAGGUGCACCCUGGGAGCUCUGUGGGAGGCGCCCAUGCAGGCCUCCCCUCAUAUGAGGAUGUGUACUGUUUGGACAACGCAGCUUUUACAGGAGAGGGCGACGCUGAAGUGGGGCACAGAGGGACGGAGGGUGAAAGAGGACACAGGCAGAGAGGCUCCACCUGUCCACGUCCACCUGCAUAUGAAGACAUCUACCCCUCCUUCCAGAAACACAACCCAACAUAAACACGCAGGACCUCCCGUCUGUCUCUGAUUAUUCCUGUUUCUGUCUAAAAAUAAUGCCAAACUGAUUCCACAACCUGUGCUGUAUUUUCCAAAUAAACCUACAGAAUCUGA